AUCCCAAUGAUCGAAGGUAACACAAGACUCAAAUCCACCUGUGCAUACUUAAAGCCCAUAAAACCCAAUAUGCUAGGGUUUCACUAAACUCAUAUUAUAUAUUACCUCAUUUUCCAUUUAAUAUUUUUCCUUUCUCGAGUUAGGGUUUUGCGCCAGGGCGAGAAUCAAAGCCGCCGUCGCCAUGGUGAAGUUUCUAAAGCCCAACAAAGCUGUCAUUGUCCUCCAAGGCCGAUACGCCGGACGCAAAGCUGUGAUCGUAAAAUCCUUCGACGACGGCACACGUGACCGUCCCUAUGGCCACUGUUUGGUCGCGGGGAUAAAAAAGUACCCGAGCAAGGUCAUCCUCAAGGACUCCGCCAAGAAAACCGCCAAGAAAUCGCGCGUCAAGUGCUUCGUCAAGCUCGUGAACUACCAGCACCUGAUGCCCACACGAUACACCCUCGACGUCGACUUGAAAGACACCGUCACCGUCGACGCGCUUCAGACCAAGGACAAGAAAGUAGCCACUUGUAAGACUAUCAAACAAAGGUUGGAAGAGAGGUUCAAAACAGGAAAAAACAGGUGGUUCUUUACCAAGCUUAGGUUUUAAGUCUUCCUUUCCUUUUAACAUUUUCCGUAGAACCUCUUAUAUCAUUUGCACUUCUCUUGGUGCUGUACUUAAAUUCAGCCUUAGAUCGAUACGGAAAAAAAGCUUGAGAAUUCGAGUCCUUCGUUGUUUGGCCAUUUUUGUAUCAUCAUCGAUGCUAUAUUGAGUUGAACUUUGUUGUUUCUGCUGCAUUUGUAUUGUACCUUUAAGAGAAUUACGCUCUUCAAUUCUUCCAUGUUUAA